GGUGAAAGCGAGGAAUCGGAAUGUCUCCUCCAGCAAGGCACGGCGAAUUCCCCGCUCCCCUCCCCUCCGAUCCACACUGUGGAUUAUAUUCCUCCCGUGUGCUGCCGCUCCCUCCCUGUCCCUGCUCUCAAUUCCUUCCUCUCCGCCGGUGCAACGCUCCAGCCGCAGCCGUCGCCUGCAAGCAUAGUAGCUAGCCGUGCCCUGACUGCCCGUGCACCCGCCAACGCCACGUACGUCUACGUACGCAUCCACCCCCGCCCAUAUAUUCCGACACCCAGGCCUGCAUCUAGCUCGCCGCCGCAGGUCCUUCUUCGUCGUAGCCAUUGCUGCCUAGCUAGCUAGGCGGGCGAGCGAGCGAGCGAGCUAGGGUGGUAGUAGCACAGGUUCCAGUGUGCCCGUCGUCUCAUCACUGUUUCAUCCAUGUACGCGGCGCCGACGGCAGCGGCGGCGAUGCCGCCGGCCGUGACGCACGACGACCUGUCGCUGCGCAAGGCGCAGGAGCGGCGCGCCGCGCGGUCCAGCGGCCAGGUCGCCGUCUCCCUCGUCGCGCUCUCCGUGCUCUGCGGCCUCGUCGCCUUCAUCCUCUGCCUCGCCGCCGAAGGGUCGCGCUCAGAGGUGUCGCACUACCUCAUGAGCGUGGGCGGCAGCCAGGACCAGGUGGACGUGUGCGUCUACAACAGCAGCGGCCGCCUCGCGCUCGCCUACGCCGUCGGCGCCUUCGUCCUCCUCGCCGUCGCCAUGUUCGCGGAGCACGCCUACAUGCUGGUCGCCGUCGCCGCCCCGGUCUCCACCUCCCCCGGCAUGGCCGUCGCCCAGGACCACCCGCGCGUCGCGUCCACCGCCGCCGCGCUCACCUGGCAGACCGGCUGCCUCUUCUUCCUCACGUGGAUUUGCUUCGGGCUCGCCGAGGUGAUGCUCAUGAUCGGCAUCGCCGUGGAGUCCGGCCACAUGAGCGACUGGCAGAAGCCACGGCCCGUGUGCCACCGGAUGCGCCCGGGGAUGUUCGCGGCGGCGGGGAUCCUGGGGCUCGUCACCGUCGUCGUCGGCUUCGUGGUCUACAUCACCGCCGUGCAGGCGCAGCGCCUGCGGGGAGGACAGCAGCAGUACCAACACGGCGGCGGUCACUUCGUGGGCUACGGCGCUCCCCACCCGGGCGCCCAGCACCAGCACCUGCGCCCGCCAGUGCCGCACCCUCAUCCGGCGCCGUCCGCGCCGGAGAUCACGCCGGCGCCGUGCCAGGUGCAACCCAGCCGUGCGUCUCUCAUCACCAAGGAGGCCGCCGACGUGUGAAACGCCUGGAAGACCAACGUCAUCAGACAGGGCAGAAACAAGAAGAACGCCCCGCCGCCACUACGGCUAUAUUCUUUGCCUUCCAAUUAAGUUUCUUUGUUUCAUUGGACUCGAGCAUAUUUGAGCACCGACAUAUUUCUUUGUAAAUGUCUGAAAAAAAACCCAUAAUACCGUGGAGGCGGAAAAAAACAUAAUAUCGUGAAGCGGAAAUAGGUUGGAUUUGAUUUGAUUUGAUUUGUAAAGGGCCUUGUACAACCUUUCUGUUAUAAAAAAUAAUCAUAUAACUCAAAA